UCUUAAAUAUAUGGUCACAGUGAAAAAGAAUGGUGAAAUUUUGAUAUCUCAUGUUCCCUUUUAAAUACUCUGAUUUGUAUGUUCUUGUAUUUCUUCCCUACUCCUACCCAUUCUGUUUUAGUUAAUCUACACUUUCACAGUCAUUCUCUUUUCACAUCUCUCAUCCUGGUAACAUGUUUCAACUAGUAAAGAGUCCCACGCUAUUAUACAUUUAAUUCCAAACUCUUAAUCCUAAAUUGUCUAUUUUUCUCCUUAUUUUCCUUAGUUUAUUCCCAUAACUUAUUUUCACAUUCUUCCUUUGCAUUGAGCUUUGUAAUGCUUUUCUUUUAGAUCACUGAACCUUUGGAGAGAACAAAGAGCGUCUCAUUUACUGUCACCUCUUCUGACCUGAUCUGAUCUCAGCAAAGCCCAACACAGUGAUUGUGGGGCAAAUCCUUGUCUCCAACAGGGAGCAUGUGUAAGAUGCACAACAUUUUUAAAAGAAUGAGAACUGUGUUCUUGACUUUCACUGCUCUGUUGGUUUUCUCCUCAUUUGUCCAAGGACCAUCAAGAAAACUUGAACCUAGAAGACUGUAGAAAGGAAGGAAUGAACUUCAUCCUAGUGUAAAACCUUCUAUAAACUAUCUGAGCACAUGCUGUAGCAGAAGUGAAACUUCGUGAUGAUCAGUACACCCUUGACCACAUGCGUGCUUUUGGCAUGUAUAAUUAUCUUCACCUUGAUUCCUGGUACCAGGAUAAUGUCUACUAUAUUGAUCAGUUUGGAAGGGUUAUGAAUCUGUCAGUGACGCUGGACACUGCUCUGCAGAAACCAAGGGAAGUUUUCCGGCUACCUACAGACUUGACAGCUUAUGAUAAUCGCCUUUGUGCCUCCGUACACUUCUCAUCUUCCACAUGGGUUACCCUUUCUGAUGGUACAGGAAGGCUGUAUUUGAUUAAAUCAGGCAAGCGUGGAAACAGUGCAUCUGAAAAGUGGGAGAUUGUGUUUAAUGAAGAACUAGGAAGUCCAUUUAUUAUAUCACACAGUGUUUCAUUUGUAAAAUCUGAUAUGCAUUCAGUAGCUGUGCUACUGCUUAGGGUAGAUAAAGAUGAAUUGGACACAAAAGGAAGUGGAUUUCAUAUUACCUUGGAAUGGGUUACAGUUGCAGAGAUAAGCAAAGAGGGUGAUCACAGAUAUGAAAUCGUGAAAAGGAGAGUUUUACAAGGAAAAUCAGUCCCCCAUUAUGCAGCAAUAGAGCCGAGUGGGGAUGGUUUAAUGAUUGUUUCCUACAAACCGUUCAAGUUUAUGCAAGAUCAAGAUGACAAAUUAGAAGAAAAUGACAGUGCAAAAGCAGAAAAUGAGAAGAAAGACCCUCUCUAUUACUGGCAGCAGACUGAAGAUGAUGUGACAAUAACAGUUCACAUUCCUCAAGAUAUCACUAAGGAUGACAUAAAAGUACUCUUUUCCCCUGAUAACAUAUGUGUUAUACUGAAAGACCAACCUCCUCUGAUGGAAGGAAAACUCUAUUCAUCUGUGGACCAUGAAAGCUGCACAUGGAUAAUUAAAGAGAACAAAAGUUUGGAAGUUUCUCUAAUUAAGAAAAAUGAGGGACCCCAGUGGCCAGAGCUAAUAGUUGGUGACACAAGAGGAGAAUUCAUUAUGGACUCUUCCCAAUGCUCUGAAAUAACUGAAAGCCUGAUGCAUCUUACCUCUGAAGUAAUGAAUCCAAACCCUGAAAAGGAAAACCCACCUUGUAAUGCUCAAGAAUUAGAAGAAUGUGAUGCUUUUCUUGAAGAUAGCGCAAGCUUGUGCAGAUUUGAUGGUGAUACCAUGAAAGUCACUCAUGUAAUUAAUCUUGGAAGCAACCAGUAUCUUUUCUCAGUUGUUGUGGAUCCCAGAGAAAUGCCAUGCUUCUGUCUGAGGCAUGAUGUUGAUGCUCUUCUCUGGCAGCCCCACUCUGACCAACCAGAGAACAUGUGGGAACACAUUGCAACUUUUAACGCUUUAGGUUAUGUCCAAGCAUCAAAGCAAGACAAGAAGUUCAUGGCUUGUGCUCCAGAUUACUCCUAUGCUGCUCUUUGUGAGUGCUUGCGACGAGUUUUCAUCUAUCGUCAGCCAACUCCUCUGUCCACGGUUCUCUACAACAGGAAGGAAGGAAGACAAGUAGGACAAGUUGCUAAGCAGCUAGUAGCAACCCUGGAAGCCAGUGAUCCUAUCUUAGGCUUUCAAGCUACAAAUGAGAGAUUAUUUGUUCUCACAACAAAAACGUUGUUUUUAAUAAAGGUGAACUCUGGAAAUUAAUUAUUUAGUAUAUUCUGCUGUAGUUUGUGUUAACAAUUUGUUAACUGGCUGGGUAAAUGAUCUGAGAAGUUCAGUACAAUUUGCUGAAGUUUAAAAAGGAGAUAUUUUAUAGGGGAAUCAAAAUUUUUCAUUAGAAUUUGUCUAUAACAUAGUGAGAAAGUUUUUUAACUUUGCUGUCACUGAAGUAAGCUUUUUCAGAGCUAUGGGAAAAUCUCUUCUGCACUAACAGCUUUCUCAAAGAAAUUGUCAGAGGCUGCUAUUGCGUAGGUGAAUGUUUUUUCCAAAUGACUGUGUUUUGCCAUACUUAGGAGUUUUGAGAAUUCACUUCUGGUUUUAAAUGCCACUGUUUACCUAUGAAACAAAUAGUCAGAUAAAGAAAAUAAAGCCUUGAGUUACAAGCGUAUGAUGUGCAAAGUAGUAUGUAUCAAAGGAAAAAAGAAUAUCUCAAAUUCAUAAUACUGUUGGCCAAAGAAAUUAUUUAAUAGUUCAAUAUUAAGCAGUAUUGAGUGACAUGUGAAUGGCGUGAAUGCAGUAUUAAGUUUCUUAUACAGGUAAUUAAUUCAGGUGGAAUAAUUUCCUCGAAUAUGUGGAUUUUAGAUUACUGAUUUGGGACUCAGUCAUGCUUGCAGUGAAAUUUGUUCACAUUCUGAGAGACAGUAGAUAGCUUUUAGUAGCUUUUUCCUGAAGCAAAGCAAGGGUGAAUGUAUACCUGGUGGCUGCAUAUUGAAUGGUAUUAGUCAAGGUCUGUUAUACUCUCGGUUGUGUCAUUUUCAUUUGACAUUGUACUUCGCGUCAAGUGAAUAAUUUACAAUUAGAAAAUGGCUAUCAGAAAAAGCACCUGUAUUGUGCCCUGAGAUGAGAAACUCAGAAGUGCUGCUUCUGCCUCAGAUACCACUGUAAACACUGUAUUAGUUAACCAUUCUGUCUGUGAUGCACAAGUCCAAACAUGGUAUAUUUGCAAUGUAAGAGUACAGAGGCCAUGAGGAUGCUUCAGUUUAACAAACUGGAAUGGUUAAUUGUAUUGAAUAGUUGUAUCUGAAGAUUUUUAUUUCUUAUUUUAAAUUGACAUUGUCAAUACAGUUAAACCAAAAAAGGGUCAGUUGUGACAGCUCCACCCUAGGUUAUUUCUUUUUCAUAGCUUGCAGCUCCAUAGCUAAGAAUGCCUAAUAUAUUGUGUACUGGCAGGAAAGCUGCUGUGAUCUGUGGUACCAAAGUACUGAGACACACAAGUACAACAAGUGGCCUAGCAGUUUGCAUCUCUUCCAAUAUUAUUUCAGACCUCUGUAAGAAUCUCUUGAGAGAAAAAUAAGUGUUCUUUUUUUAUGGACUAGCAGUUUCUUAGUUGCGAUUGUUUUGACUCGUACAUUCUGCAGACUAAUAUCAGUAAAAUGAUUAAGUAAUAUAGUGAGAAUUUAAGGGGGAAACAAGCAGUUGGCUUG